UUUGUGUUUCUUGCGUGCAGACGCGUUUCGUUAUUUCGCUGUAAAUUAAAUUUGCGCUUUGCAUGCAAUUUGGAAAUUCAUUUCAAUAUUUUGUUGAAAAUAAAUGAUUAAAGUGACUUGUGAAAUAAAUGAAUAAACAAUAAAUAAUUAAAUUACGCAAAUCCAUUAAAUUUCAAGUUAACUCUCGUUGACUUGUUACGGCGCAGCAAGCAAGCUAUACAAAUGCAGCGCAAAAUAUCGCAACGCAGACGAUGGAUGAUGCCCGAGCUCAGCAUAACAACAAUAAGGGCUGUGCACAAAUAGCAAUUAAUCAAAUUGAAAUCAGUGAAAAAUAACAACAACAACAACAACGCACAAACAUUAGUUAUUUGAGUUGAAAGUACUCGUAAACGGUUAAAAAGAAAAAAAAAAAGAAAAAUCGCAAAAAAGAAAAGAACUAAAAGAAUUGUUUAGCUUGUGGCCAAUCCGUUACACAUAUCCAUUCACAACAACAAAUACAAUAUCUGCCGCCAUGUUCAAUUUCCAUAAGCCACGCGUCUAUCGCUCAGCGGACGGCUGCUGCAUUUGCCGCGCCAAAUCGAGCAGCUCCCGGUUCACAGCCUCGCGCAAAUACGAAAAGGAAUCGAUGCAGUGCUUCAAUCUGCACGAGCCGCGCAACGGUGAAAUCUGUAAUGCCUGCGUUCUGCUGGUCAAGCGCUACAAGCGGCUGCCCGUCGGUAGCAAGCGCCAUUGGGGACAUGUGGUUGAUGCACGCGCCGGUCCCGGCACCAAAUCGCUGGCCAAGCAGAAGAAGCGCGAGAACGAGUGUGAGGGCAAGACGGGCGGAGGCGGCUCUUUUAUACCCGAGAAAUUUGCCAAGAUUUUCAAAAAGAAUCGCAAGGGCAAGAUAACGGCUGCCGCAGCGCCAUCUGCAGCCGGUCAGCAGCAACUGCAGCAGCGCAACGGCAGCAGCCACGAAAGCUCACCACACUCGGAGGAGCAGCCGAGCGAUUCCAAUGAGAGCCACGACGAACAGGAGCAGCAGCUGCAACAACUACAACAACAACAACAGCAGCAGCAGCAACAUCAUCAUCAGCUGAGCGCAUGCGUUGCCGCAACACCAUAUCAGACGCGCAAACGGACCGCUGCAGCAGCGCAGCUGGCCACGGCGACAGUGUUGAAAAAGAGUGUUGCACAACGUCUGCGUUUGACUGGCAGCAAGCGCAGGCGCAUGCUGGAACCCAAAAAGCAUCGACGCGCCGUCGACAAUGUGCCCUUCUUUGAGGAGCACGAUCUGCUGCGCCUAGACGUUUGCUGCGGCACCGUGUUCCAGAGUCUUAGCCUGGGCAGUGCCUGUUAUAUAAUCGAUCCGGAGCUGUAUAAGCCAUGCGAGAAGCAUCGCAGACGCAGGCAACAACAGCUGUCGCAGUCGCAGUCGCAGCCGCCGAGGGAACUGGUCCAGCAGACGCUGCUGGCCGCAGAGCUAGAGCCAAAGCCUGUUAGUCAGAGCAUCAGCACGCCGGCAUUAAAAAAGCAUCAUUUGUAUUUUAAGCGACAAUCGGAAUCAUUUCCACAGGGCGAAAUACAUAGAAUAAGUCCAAUUCCAUUGAAUAAGACUGAGGUCAUGCCGAACCCAACGCCAGCAACAGCAGCAGCAGCAGCAUCAGCAACAGCAACAAUAACAACAACAAACAGUGUACAACAACAGCAACAACAUUCCACAGCCAAUGGCAGUUUAGCGCUCGCACUUAAACCAACACUGGCAGCGGCAUCUGUGACGUCAUCAGCCUUGCAUGCGAGCAUCUUAACAACCGCUGUGGGCGCCGCAUCGCCCUCAUCGUUAUCUUCAUCCUCCAAUUGCUCCACCUCUUCGUCGGUGGCCACCAAAUUCAAUGACAAUUCCUCGGACUCUGGCUUCGAUGAGCAUGUGCUGGAGCGCAAAUCCGUUAGUCCGCCAACGCAGGACGAACUGCAGCUGGAGAAGAAGGCACGCGGCGGCAGCGUACAACGUUUAAUCCUGGCCAGCGGUCUGCCCAUCAGCGGCCAGGCCCAGAAUCUGGUGCUGACGGGCAACGAGUUUACCGCGCGCUUCGUCCAGCGGCAGCAGGCGCCAACCCAAGCGCCGCUCAAAAUCAAUGUCCUAGCGGGCGGAGCAGCUGUUGGAGGAGGAGGCGGAGGAGGAGCAACAACAGCAACUGGAUCUCAAAGUAGUGGCAAUAAAAUGCGUGCAAUAUUUAAUAAUGCGAACACAAUUCAACAUGAGAACGGGGUGACAACCAUAUUGCCGGCAUCCUCGCUGGCGGCCAGCAAUCAGACGGCGGCCAUGAAUGCCAUAGCGCCCAGCACGGUGACCAUAACGCCAGCCAAAAAAGCAACAAUCAAUGCAACAGCAACAUCAGCUGUCAAUCCCAAGUUUAUACUCCUAAAGCCAGCAAUUGCCAGCAAAUUUGCCAGCAACAGCAGCAGCAGCAACAACAACGGCGUGAAUCCGGCGCCAGCUGAGCUGAAAAUAGCUUAAAAGUGGAAGGAAGCGGCGGCUAGCAUCGGCACGCCGAAGUUUAAAUACCCUUGCAGCAGUGUUUAAGCUAUGUUUGUUCACAUGUUAAAGUAGUCCGAUUCCGAUUCCAAACAAGAAUAUUUUAAAAGCACACAAAUUUCGAUCGAUUAUUCCUAUGGCAGCUAUAUGCUAUAGUGUCUCGAUCAUGUCCUUGUCUAAUUUCAAUAAGAAAUCGCUUUUAAAUUCUCUAUAAGCAUAUUUUACUGUAACCUCUGCAAGGGCUAUGAAAGGCUGCCAUUAUGUUAAGAGAAACAAAACCAAUUACAUAGCCAUGUUAACUGGCUGUUAAAAACUUGUUGAUUUACAUGCAUAUUGUAGCGAGUAUUUACUGUAAGUGACAAAA